CUCCCCAUCCGGGUCCCUCCGUGCGGUGUAGCAGGUCGGUAGGCGGGAAAUGGCGACUGGCUGCUGAGCGGCUGCGGAGCGCGGAGCCCCGCUGGCGGUGUAAACACAGCGGCGCCCGCCCGCCCGCCCGCCCCGGCCCGGCCCGGCCCGGCAGCGGGGGACCCGGACACCGGGGGCCCGCCUCCCCGGCACCCCGCACCCGCAGCUUUACAUGUGGCACACAUGAAAAUGAGGCUGAGAACGCGGAAAGCUUCUCAGCAAUCCACUCAGCUCCACACACAACGUGCUCUGAGGGCCAAGAGGAAACAUUCAGAGGUGGAAGAAACCUUACCUGGUGGUGGGGGAAAACCCCAGAAAAAUGAGAGUGGCUUGUUGUCUUCAAUCAAAAAGUUCAUUAAAGGGAGCACACCCAAGGAAGAAAGAGAAAACCCUGCAAAAAGAAGUAGGAUUGAACGGGAUAUAGAUAACAACUUGAUCACAUCCACCCCUCAGACAGGAGAGAAGCCCAACAAACACCUCUCCAGAGUGCGGAGGAAAAGUCAGAUGAAUGGAGAAGCUGGAAGUUACGAAAUGACAAACCAACAUGUAAAGCAGAAUGGAAAAUUAGAAGAUAAUCCUUCCACUGGCAGUCCCCCACGAACCACAUUACUGGGAACUAUAUUUUCUCCUGUUUUCAAUUUUUUUUCACCAGCAAAUAAAAAUGGAACAUCAGGAUCAGAUUCUCCAGGGCAAGCUGUUGAAGCUGAAGAAAUAGUCAAACAGCUUGAUAUGGAACAGGUGGAUGAGAUUACUACAAGCACUGCAACAUCAACCAAUGGAGCAGCUUACACCAGCCAGGCAGUGCAGGUCAGGUCUGCUGUCAACAAUGGCUUGGAAGAGGUGGAGGAAACAGCUGACCGUGACCUGCCACCCCUCACAGCACCAGUAUCUCCAGACAGUGGCUACUCAUCAGCUCAUGCAGAAGCCACCUAUGAGGAAGACUGGGAAGUCUUUGACCCAUAUUAUUUCAUCAAACAUGUUCCACUACUAACAGAAGAACAACUAAACAGGAAGCCAGCUCUUCCACUGAAAACAAGAAGCACACCAGAAUUCUCAUUAGUUUUAGAUUUGGAUGAAACAUUAGUGCACUGUAGUCUAAACGAAUUAGAAGAUGCUGCACUCACUUUUCCAGUUCUUUUUCAAGAUGUCAUUUACCAGGUUUAUGUCCGGUUAAGGCCGUUCUUCCGAGAAUUCCUGGAACGUAUGUCUCAGAUUUAUGAGAUCAUUCUUUUUACUGCUUCUAAGAAGGUGUAUGCAGACAAGUUAUUGAACAUCCUAGACCCCAAAAAGCAGCUGGUCAGGCAUCGACUUUUCCGUGAGCAUUGUGUUUGUGUACAAGGAAAUUACAUCAAGGAUUUGAACAUUCUUGGUAGAGACCUUUCCAAAACGAUCAUCAUUGACAAUUCACCGCAAGCCUUUGCUUAUCAGCUUUCAAAUGGAAUUCCUAUAGAAAGCUGGUUCAUGGAUAAAAAUGACAACGAGCUCCUAAAACUGAUUCCAUUUCUGGAGAAACUUGUAGAACUGAACGAAGAUGUCCGACCUCACAUCAGAGACAGAUUUCGCUUGCAUGACUUGCUACCCCCUGACUAAAGCCUUUUGUCUCGUGACUGAAGGGGGAGAAAAUGCAGGACCCUUUUGGACUAAAACAAAACAUUGCCAUUACUGUUGAAAUUUUGCAUUUUUGUACCCCGUCUUGCUUUUCUUAUCUUUGGUGCCCAACAAUAAUCAAGGGUUACAGGAAGAGACUUUCUCUAUCUGAGGUGGAAGACAUUCAGUACAAUACAGUACAACGCAGUGGGGAGGCUAGAACAGAAAAGUCUUUAGAACUAGUGCAACUCCAACAAAGUUUUUUUAUGUACAGGACAUCUGCAGUUUAUAAAGAAUUCUGUUUCUGCCACCAGCAGUUUGACCUGUAGAAACACAGGAUUUUAUGAUAUAACAGAGAUUGAAAAUGGACUCUGAUUUUCUCUCUGUUCGGUGCUCUAAGUGGGUUUGUAGCCACUUUUCUGUUACUUUUAAGAUUCUCAUUUCAACAGGAAUGGCCAGUAAAAGUUGUUUUAUUUUUCCUGUUAAGGUUUAUAACCUUUUUACAUCUUUGACCUGUAUUAGAUUAGAAUUUCAUUAUGCAUUCCUUUUAGUUGAGGCGCUUCAUAGUUUUUCUGGAAAUAGCCAAAUUUUCUUAGUUUUUUAUUAAACAGUUGGAUGGCCGUUUUCCUGCUUCGUCUGCCUGCAUACUGUAUAUUUGUUUAAAGAUAUUCUCUAGUUUUAGCCCAUGUAAGUUUCAUUUAGAAAGAAAGAAAACAAAAGAAACCCCAACCCUGCAUUUAUAUUUUCUUUCUGUAAUAUUCUACUGUAGUCGAAACCUUUUAAAAAAAAAAAACCACAAAAAAACAACCACACAAAUCAAGAGACUGGCUAGAUAAGAAGAAUAUAAGAAUUACUAAUGCUCAGAAUAUUUCAGACCAUUGUGGUGGCACGUGCUGAUGGACAAGGAGUACCUCAGGCUCUGCUGUGCACGCAGAUCUCUCGAGGAGAAGCAGCUCGGUCACCUCUGAGGUUCCAUGCAAUUCCACUGCUGCUGCCUCCUCCUCGUUCCCUCCAGGGCUGAAGUGUUCUGCAGGGUGCAGGGUCUGGGGGUGCCUGGGUGCCCCCCUGGGUACAAUCAGCUGCAGGGAGGGGGUGCAGAGUGCUGGGGGGCAGCAGAGCCCAGGCCAGGGUGCAGUCUGUGCUAUGACAGUGGUUCCCAUGCCACGUGGAAAUGGUCUCUCAGCCUUGGGUCUCUAAUGCAGCUGGGACAAGAGGUGGAUAUUUUUAUAAUGGGUGUAAUCUCCUUUUCCUGGAGGCUUUUUAUGGAAGGUAUAAUUUGUAGAAGUCUGGAUGCUUUGCCUCUCGACUGCAUUACCACGCCACGGGCUCAGACUGUUUUUGUGUAAAAGAUGUCACAGAACGGCACUUUUUCUAAAGAGAAGUUUGAUAUUUUGUAUGCUUGUUAAGAAAGUACAGUAUUGGAAAUUAAAGGUGGACAACUGAUAAUUGAGAAGUAUGUCAAUUAAUUUUUUAUGUAUAUUACCUGUUUACUUGUACAAUUUUAUUGUACAAAUUACAUGCAGCUUCAUUUUCAAAUGAGUCCUUAAAAUAAGGAAAAUCUUUUUAGGAAAACAUUUAAUUUUUGUAUUUUUGAUUUUAAAAGGCAUGAGUUAUGUCAACUUUUUCCAGUGUAUUAAUGAAGAUUUUAACUUUUCAUCAGGUUGAGUGUUUUCUUACUAUAUUAUCUGUUGUGUAUGUAGCUAGCACAUUGUGUCACUGAACUGUUUAGAGAAUUAGCAUGUAGAGCAAAGCCUGUUUUGUGGAAAAUCCUUAUUCAUUAAAAAAAAAGAAAAAAAAAUCAUCAUGGCAGAUUUUCUGCAAAAAGUGAAAACAUUUGCAAUUCAGAAUACUGAUUUUUUUUGUAUUUAAAGAAAGGUAUUUUGCUUGCAGGAAAGAAAUACUACAGAUUCAUUUUAAUGAGAAUCUUUUAAAUGUAUUUAUCUUUAGGGCAUCUGGGCAUCUUUACGCUGUUUGUCUUAUGUCUUUAUUGAAAUAAAAUGUACAUAACAU